CUGAGGCGAGGGCGGCCGCGGAGGGUUCGCGCCUUAGCGCCCUUGGCGUCAGGGAGCUCCCCCGGGAGGCGCGAGGCGGGCGUUGCUGGCGCCCGCGAAGAGGACGGAAUCGGCCAAGAACCAGCAUGCCGGCUGCCGCAUUGGCUUCCACUAGCCGUUAAGCGCUGUCAGGUUCACUUCACGUGGUCGCAAGAAAGGGGUCAGGCUGAAGCCAGGAGAGGGACUCCAUCCGGGUCUUCCCUGUGAAUGGUGGCACUCAAGCUCUUGAAACAUCUGCAGUUCGUUAGCAGGAAGCUGGAUCCGAAGCAGAGCAGAUGCACCACAAUGGCACACUGCUAUGGGAUGCGGGAGUCCAGGUGGAUCCCUUGGACAGCGAGGCUCUGGCUGGUACAGAGCGGGAGGGCACCUCCGGACAGCCCUGGGGUAGGAGCCUCAGGCUGUUGGACCUGGGUGUGAUCAGAGGAUGGAGCUCCAAGGAGCAGCCAAGUGAUACCAGCACUGGGGGCGGAACGGGAGGAGGAGCUGGAGGAGGGAUAAAAAGCAAGAGUUUCUGAGACUUGUCCAGCAUAGCUGGGAGCUGCUUGGCGCUGCGCUGGUCCGAGAGGACGCGGGACGCCACCCUCCUCACGGCCUCUGCGGCUUGCUCCAUCCCUGCCUGCCUCCUGCACAGCGACCCCGGUCCUGACCAGCCGUCCGAGCCACAGACCCUGCCUCCCGGCUCUGGACCCCGCGCAUCCUAGCACCUUCCCUCCUCUGGGAACGGAUCUCCCAGCCCUGCUCCGGCCCCCUAUUCAAGACCGCCCGCCCACUCUUCCGUCGCAUACCGAGACACCCCUGCUUCUGCCUUCCUGAGGGCCGCGACUUUCCCCUGAGACCCUCAGCCUCCCCAUCCCACCCUAGCCCUGUACGGAGUGCGUCGCCUCCCCCAUGGCGCCCUCCGCGAUGCGACUGCUGCUGCCGCUGCUGUGGCUCUCAGUGUUGGCGCCCGGCCGACCGGCCGCGGGAAUGCCCGGCCACAACGCCACCGAGCUGGAGAAGCUGCAAAGGCAGCACCUGGAGGCCUACCGUGCCCUGCUCCUGUCCAAGCUGAAGGUCCCCAGCCCCCGAAGCCUGGAGGAGGAACCAACCAGUCCGGAGCCUGACGACGUGGACCAAAGCACCCGCGAGCAGAACACCGAGGAGGGCCCUGAGCUGUUGCCCCGCUACUUGCGCAAGGAGGUCACCCGCGUGCCAAUGCUGCACAGCAGCCACGAAAUCUACAAAAAAUACCAAGAUUGCGGGCACAGCGUCUAUAUGCUCUUCAACAUGUCUGAGCUGCGGCGAGCAGUGCCCGAGCCGGUGUUGCUGUCCCGGGCGGAGCUGCGCCUGGAAGUGCUCAAGAUACAGCAGGAGCAGCACGUGGAGUUGUACCAGAAAGACAGCAGCGAUUCCUGGCAAUACAUCAAGAGCCGGAAUCUGGAACCCAGUGACACAGAUGAGUGGUUGUCCAUCGUUGUCACCAGAGUCGUGCGGACGUGGCUGAGCCGUGGAGAGGAAAUAGAGGGCUUCCGCCUCAGCACCCACUGCUCCUGUGACAGCAUAGAUGAUGUCCUCCAACUGGACAUCAACGGGAUCAGUUCCAGCCACCGAGGUAACCAUGCCGCCGCUCAUAGGAUGAACCGGCCCUUCCUGCUCCUUGUGGCUACCCCCCUGAAGAGGGCACUGCAGCUCUAUGGCACCUGGCACCACUGAGCCCUGGACACCAACUACUGGUUCAGCUCCUGCUAAUGGGCCUAGGAAAGCAAGAGAAGAUGGCUCAAUUCUUGGGCCCCAACACCCACAUUGAGACCCAGAUGAAGCACCUGGCUCAGGCCUGGCCCAGCUCCAGCCGUUGCCUCCUUUUGGCCAAUGAACCAGCGGAUGGAUGAGCUUUCUCAGUCUUCCUCUAUCUCUAACUCUGCCUUUCAUAUAAAAUAAAGAAAUAGGCCGGCGCCACGGCACACUAGGAUAAUCCUCCGCCUUACGACGCCGGCACACCGGGUUCUAGUCCCGGUAGGGGCACCGAUCCUGUCCCGGUUGCCCCUCUUCCAGGCCAGCUCUCUGCUGUGGCCAGGAAGUGCAGUGGAGGGUGGCCCAAGUGCUUGGGCCCUGCACCCCAUGGGAGACCAGGAGAAGCACCUGGCUCCUGCCAUCGGAUCAGCCCGGUGCGCCGGCCGCAGCGCGCCUACAGCGGCAGCCAUUGGAGGGUGAACCAACGGCAAAAGGAAGACCUUUCUCUCUGUCUCUCUCUCUCACUGUCCACUCUG